AUGGUCGCAACCUCCUCUGAUCAGAUGCUGGCAGCGGGGCCUAGCGCACCCGCAACGCCACCAGAGCCCAUCGAGUGCCAACAACACUACACAUUCUCCUUCGAGGCUACGCCAGUGCCAGUGUUCAAGGGCGACUUGCGAGAGAUCACCAUGGUCUCCCCAGCCCUUCUCGGUAAAGUCAUAAAGACAGACGACCGAGGUAGUCGCCCCGAGCCCGACUUGCCAUGGGGGCAGGACGACGAUUAUGACGCACAAGAUUCAGAGGACGCGGAGGACUCAGAGGAUUGCGACGACGACGACGAGUCAAAGGACGCGGCAGACCAAGGGCCAAAGGCUGUCACACCGCCCAGCUCAGUACAGUCCGGUCUACCUUCUUCUAUCCCGAUCACCGAGGCUAUCUCCUCUUCGGCCUGCUCCGACGGUAAAGAAGCGACAGAGUCGGACCUCAGGAGGGACGCCAGAGGCCGCUUCUAUCCGGAAUUCUGCGUCAUGAGAACAAGUUCCGCAGUCCACGCUGCUGCAAGCGAGAUUGUGGAUUCAAAGGAAGGAACCGAAGCAUUCGCCAACGUCAAUGCCGCUGCAGAUGCACCCGGAUACAAUGAAGACAAGCUGGCAGAAGAAGUCUGCGCUUUAAGCGACAUUGUACGGUCAAAGUCGGGAGCGGGACAGUCAGAGUACGGCAGGUUCGUCAAAAGGGGUCUCAAGACGGCACCCAGCCACUCAAGAGAUGACCUUGUGGAGUCCGAGACGAAUAAGGUGGACAUCUUUGUACAGGAAUCAGCCCCUCACAUCUCAGCAAAAGGAGGCGAAGACUUGUUCUUCUGGUCCAAUGCACUCUCCUUCGUAAAGGUCAAGAGAAAAUACGCUCAUGACUGGAUGGACAAGACUAUCAAGCAAAGCAUGCGCUAUUGCCGCAAGAUCUUUGCAUAUCGUCCAGUGCUCUCUCAUCUUCUCUUCCUGACCUGGUGCGGACACACCGUCCGAUUGUGGUACAUCAACGCUGCCCUCUAUGGAUGCUCUCGGCCCUUGGAUACCCGGGAUCGGGACAAUCAAGUGGAGAUCGUGAAGAUUGUACGCCUCUUUGGCUUGAAGAACGGCUUUGUAUGCGGUCGCUGGGACGUGACGGCCACAAAGCGUUUCUCUGUCGAGCAGGACGGUAAGGCCACACAAAAGGUCGUCGACGUCAAAAGCAUGUAUCUGCUCGAUAUACGCCCAGGACCUUUCCGGUCCCGCACUGCUGUUUUCGCCGAUGUUGUCAAAGAUGAAAAAGGGCGAGUAUACAUGGUCAAGCUCUCCUGGAUAGCCCCACAUCUGACCCCACAUGAGCUGGCGACUCUACGCGACAUGCGAAAGGACUUCGGAGCAGACUUGGAGUCCCAACUACCGCUCCUGCCUGAACCCAUUGGCUUGGCCAAUCCACCGGCCGGUUUUCCGUGCACGACCUCGGAGAUGACGACGGCAUCAAGCGCUGCACCUGAAUUCCCUCCUCGGAAGCUUUGCGCUUUGUUGACCAAGCAGCAUAUCGGCGAUUAUAUCGGUAAACAAGUGCGACCGCACUGUCUUGUGAGUAUCCAUCGGCAGCUUGCGGAUGUAAUCCUCAAGCUCGCGAGCAAAGGAUAUCAUUACCGGGACUUGAACGAUGGGAACGUUCGUGUCCUGCGCGGCACACCGGACACUCUCUAUCUCGCAGACUUUGGCAAUGUAAGCAAGGACCUGAGCCGGCGUGGACAUCGGGACGAAUCAGAUGCAGCAGCGACAAUCGACAGGGCCAAGGACGACACACGCUCAGCAACACCACUCUUUAUGCCUUGCUGCUAUGCUAUAGCCAAGGCUGCGUCCGAUCAUUGGGACUUGGCCGUCAAAAAGGUCAUCGACAGGGCGGCAGAAUUGUCGCAGUCGCAGUCGCAGCUCAGCUCCGAAGUAUCCGCCGCCGGCGUUGAUGGCCGAAAGGCCGGCAAUCGCCUUGGACCCGUCGUGGAUGCGAUCCUCGAGCAGAUGAAGGAACUCCAGGCCUCGUUGCAACGGUCAAAUGUCUAUGCUCAUCGCUACAUCGACGACUUAGAAGGUGCAUUGUAUCUGCACCUCUGGAGUAUGGCGCUCAAUCGUGGUCUGGACAAGCGUGGACAAGCCGAGCUAAGUGAGAAGUUGCGCACGAACAAGGCGGAAAUCUGGGGAAGCGCUCUCAUGUGGGAAGAUCUGAUAAAGUUGUACUGCGGGCCGACGGGCAAGAUCUGGAGACAGUGCAUGGUCGCUCUGCGACAAGUCGUUCACGACGCUCGGGAGAAGCUCACCGCAGACCUCUCCAAGCCCUUCGGCGAUGAAGGCGCGGCCUCUCUCAAAGCCCUGGAGAAGGAAGUAGAGAAAUGGCGAUCGGCGGCAAGUGACCAUGUGGGAGCAGAUGCGCAUGCUACGGUGAUGAUCAUCAACAGCCUAUGGCAGAACAAGGGCAUCCUCCCCGAUGCAAAGCAGGGCUUGCAGCAAAUUGAAAAGGAGUGCUUCAACAAGUGCAUCGCACUUUUGCAGGAAGCGGGAGAUAGCAUGCAACAAGGCUUUGUGAAGAACAGCAAGAAGAAGUGA